AUGCGAACAGGCUCUAUGAGCAGCGGAACACUACUUGCGUCCCGAGGUCCUCCUCAGAAUAACACCAGUACCAAUCCAACCUCUCAAUCAAAUUCAGGUUUGAUUUUUUUUCUAAUUUAAUAUCUCACUACAUUAACCUACAUGGCUUGCAUAUAUUUUUGCUUAAUCAUCUUCUCUAAACCAUUCUAUCCCUUCAGCUCUGAUCGGCCAACUGCCUGCUGGUUUGGGUGGAACAGCCAACUUGUCGUCCCAACAGAUCCUGAAGGGUGGGAAUGCCCAGAAGCCAUUGUCCAUGUCCCCAAACACCGUGUACAACAGCCAUCGAGGCACUCCACCAGCCAUGCCGGCACAGACCCCACAAACCGCGUUCAACUCAUUCCAGAUGGCACCCCGACCUCAGUCGACAGCACCCAGGUAUCCCAAUCAGAACGGUGGCUUCGACAGUUUGCCGCUCAAUGAUUCCGAGUUCCCAUCCUUAGCGAAUGUUCGGCAAUCCCCAGCUUCGCAUCAACAUGCAGCUUUCGCGAGUCAGUUUGGAUCUACAAUGAUGAGCCAGAACUUGUUCAACGCCAAGGAUAUCCGGAUAAACUAUGGUAUGAUUUUUUUCUGAAUUUUAGGACACCGACACCUAAGAUAAUUCAUACUUUUCUUUUUUCCGUUUGAUUCGAUUUCAAGAAAAAAUCUUGGAGUUCUAUAAAAUCGAUCAUGAUGACAGAGUUUAUGGAAUAUCACGAAACGUCAAAAAAAAUUUCGUUGAAUUAUUUCACGAAAUGUUUCUAGCGAGUCUAAUGCGGACUGUGGAAACGGCAAGUUAUGGUCAACAGCCAGUUUUUCAAUCCGAGGAUUUCCCUGCAUUACCUGGUGCCUCAGCCCAAAACGGAAGCAAUGGUCGAAGCCAACAAAUGCCAGAUUCUGUCGUUAAUCUUCAAAAUUCUACUUCUCAGGUGAGGGUUUUUUUAUUUUUUUUUUUAUCUUUUUUGGUUUAGAACUCAAACCUGGAAGCGGAUAGUCUAUUGAAUGGAACGACGGAGAACGGCCGAAUUUCUCACGGAAUUCAGACCGACCCCAAUGGUAAUAUUAGAUUGGCAUAGAUUUGGAAUAAUCUAUUUGUUUCCAGGGUAUGUGACGAAUAUACCCCCUGGGAUGUUGACGGAUCAAUAUGGAAUCGCGGGGAUGUUAUCCUUUCUGAGAGCGAUUGACAAGGAUCCGGCGAUUACAUCAAUGGCAUUAGGCUACGAUCUCAACAAUCUAGGGCUGAAUCUGAACUCGACAGAGUAAGUUCUAAGGGCAGUACUGAAGAAGUAAGACGGAUUUUGGGGUUUUGAAAAGAAAGCUAAAAUUGUUUUCCCGUGCAUUUUUCUCAGGUCAUCCUCAUUUUAAUUAUAUUUGUUCAAAGAAAUUGAGAAGAGCGUUUUUAGUGUUUUGCUUCUGAACGACCAGGGGAACUUCACUGUUAUAUAUUUUCUUGUUUAGGCGUAAUUUGUACUUGACAUUCGGUGGUCCCUGGGCAGAAGCUCCUUGCCGGAUUCAAGAUUUGGAUGUCAAAGUACCAGAUGAAUACUUGACAAAUGGAAUCAUCCGGGAUAAGCUUCCUCAAAUUAAAAUGAACAAAUUGUCGGAAGAUGUUCUUUUUUACAUGUUCUACAACUGUCCAGGUCAAGUAUAUCAAUUGGCAGCUGCUUGUGAACUGUAUGUUUGAGUAUUGAUGCAAUUAAUUAUACGUAUUCUUUAGGUUUAGUAGGGAUUGGCGAUUCCACAAGGAGGAGAAGGUGUGGUUGACACGAGCGGCCUAUCUAGGAGUUCGAGAACAGACUACUGAAUAUGAGAAGGGCCAGUUCAAUGUGUUUGACCCAGUUCAAUGGCGAAAGGUGAGUCUUUAUCUUAUUCACUUUAUCUCUUUAGAUUCCAAGGGAAAUGACGUUAGAGUACAAGAUGUUAGAGCCUAAGCCUCAAGGUCAGGGUUCUUCAGCCAGUUUGUUGGGAGUCAAUUCGAAUCCUCCUCCAUCCGGAUCGGCAGCUCCAGGUGCCCCUCAAAUGGCCCCAUUCUCCAAAUGA